GACUCCUUGCUGAAGGGACCCUCUGCAGUGAUUCUCCCAUCGAUGGACUGACAGCUCUCAGCAAUGGGACCGUUCUGAUAUUCAAAGGUGAGCUGCUGUGGUCAGUGGACCCCGUCAGUCACUCAGUGGGGGGUCCUCAGAGGAUCUCACACACUCUGGGUGUGUCCUCUCCCAUCGACACAGUGUUCACACGCUGCAACUGCCACGCACACACCUACAUCAUCAAGGGGGAUCAGUUCUGGCGUCUGGAUGGGAACAUGGUGAUGGAGCCAGGUUACCCCCGACCUCUGACCUCUGAGUUCCCCGGGCUGACAGGAAGUAUCCGCGCUGCGCUGGCAGUCCCCGCCUCCAGGAGCUCACCGGAGAGUGUGUACUUCUUUAAGAGCGGGAAGCGAAUCCCUACAGUAGGUCCUUGA